AUGCAGGUGGAUGCUGUUCUUGUGCUCUUCUGUGUCUGGCUCGUGGGUGCAGCUGGGAAGAUGGCCCAGUCGAGGGGUCACAAGCUGGAGACCUACAAACAAAGCAGCCCGAUUUACAAACGAAGUCCAGACAUGACAAAAUCUCCCAUGACAAAAUCUGAGCAGCUCCUGAGAAUAGAUGACCAUGAUUUCACCAUGAGACCAGCAUUUGGAGGUCCUCCAAUUCCGGUUGGAGUAGAUGUUCAGGUUGAAAGUCUGGAUACCAUUUCUGAAGUGGACAUGGACUUUACUAUGACACUGUACCUACGUCACUACUGGAAGGACGAGCGACUGGCGUUCCCGAGCACCAACAACCAAAGCAUGACUUUUGACAGUCGCCUGGUGAAGAAAAUUUGGGUCCCUGACAUGUUCUUUGUCCACUCCAAGCGCUCUUUCAUCCAUGACACCACCACCGAUAAUGUCAUGCUGAGGGUUUAUCCUGAUGGCAACGUCCUCUACAGCCUCAGAGUCACUGUCACUGCCAUGUGCAACAUGGACCUCAGCCGCUUCCCUCUGGACACCCAAACCUGCUCAUUGGAGAUUGAGAGCUAUGCAUACACAGAUGAUGACCUGAUGUUGUACUGGAAGAAAGGAAACGAAUCCCUGAACACUGACGACAGAAUAUCUCUGUCCCAGUUCCUCAUCCAGAAAUUUCACACCACCACCAAGCUGGCUUUCUACAGCAGCACAGGCUGGUACAAUCGUUUGUACAUCCACUUCACCCUGCGGCGCCACAUCUUCUUCUUCCUUUUGCAAACAUACUUCCCUGCUACUCUGAUGGUCAUGCUGUCAUGGGUGUCCUUCUGGAUUGAUCGCAGGGCCGUCCCCGCCAGAGUGCCACUAGGCAUCACCACAGUGCUGACCAUGUCCACCAUCAUCACUGGGGUCAAUGCCUCCAUGCCGCGGGUCUCCUACAUCAAGGCAGUGGACAUUUACCUCUGGGUCAGUUUUGUCUUUGUCUUCCUGUCGGUGAUAGAGUACGCUGCGGUCAACUACCUCUCCACCGUACAGGAGAGGAAAGAGAGGAAGCUGAGGGAGAGACUGCCGUGCACCUGUGGCAUCGGCAACCCAGAAGAGAUGAUGAUAGACCCCCAGAUCACUGGCUAUGGGUCUAUGGAUGUCAACACCACAGGGAAUUAUGGGAUGCCAGAGAAUGGCGGCCGCCAGGAGCGAAUCUUGGCUCAGGUAGCACUGAACGACCCGCAAAUCACAAGCCAGGUGAAGCCGUCCAGAGGCUACGUGAACAUUUGGAUAGACACCCACGCCAUAGACAAGUACUCAAGGGUUGUCUUUCCUGGUGCGUACAUCCUCUUUAACAUCAUCUACUGGUCCAUCUACUCGUAA